GGGGAGGGGGGCCGCGCCGCGUACACAGUGAAGGGAAUAGCGUAAGCACGAAGCGCUGUAGUGAUUGGCUGACGGCACGUCCAGUGAGCAUCUCAACGUGACCUGGACUCUGGCGCCAAAAUGUCGCUUGUAGCGGGCGUUAUUCGGCGGCUGGACGAGACUGUGGUGAACCGCAUCGCGGCAGGGGAAGUCAUCCAGCGGCCGGCUAAUGCCAUCAAGGAGAUGAUCGAGAACUGUUUAGAUGCCAAAUGCACAAGUAUUCAAGUGGUUGUAAAAGAGGGAGGCCUGAAGUUGAUUCAGAUCCAAGACAAUGGCACCGGCAUCAGGAAAGAAGACCUAGAUAUUGUAUGUGAGAGGUUCACUACAAGUAAACUUCAGUCCUUUGAGGAUUUAGCUAAUAUUUCUACCUAUGGCUUUCGCGGUGAGGCUUUGGCCAGCAUAAGCCACGUGGCUCACGUUACUAUCACAACCAAAACAGCUGAUGGGAAGUGCGCGUACAGAGCAAGUUACUCCGAUGGAAAACUGAAAGCUCCUCCUAAGCCAUGUGCAGGCAAUCAGGGGACCCAGAUCACGGUGGAGGACCUUUUUUACAACAUUUCCACCAGGAGGAAAGCUUUAAAAAAUCCAAGUGAAGAGUAUGGGAAGAUUCUGGAAGUUGUUGGCAGGUAUUCAAUACACAAUUCAGGCAUCAGUUUCUCAGUUAAAAAAGUAAGAGCCCUGAUCUUUCCAAUUCACAUUCUGUAUAAUGUCUGAACUUUCUGAUGUGUUCAAAAGCCUCACAAUUUCUCUUUUCCCACCAGAGAAUUGAUAGAAGUUGGGUGUGAGGAUAAAACACUCGCCUUCAAAAUGAAAGGCUACAUAUCCAAUGCCAACUACUCGGUGAAGAAGUGCAUCUUCUUACUCUUCAUCAACCAUCGUCUGGUAGAGUCAGCUUCCUUAAAAAAAGCCAUUGAAACGGUGUAUGCAGCAUAUUUACCCAAGAACACACACCCGUUCCUGUACCUCAGCCUAGAAAUCAGCCCCCAGAACGUGGAUGUCAACGUGCACCCCACGAAGCACGAGGUCCACUUCCUGCACGAGGACAGCAUCCUGGAGCGGGUGCAGCAGCAUGUGGAGAGCAAGCUCCUGGGCUCCAACUCCUCCAGGACCUACUUCACCCAGACUUUACUACCCAGUCUUGCUGGCCCCUCUGGGGAGGUGGUGAAAUCCACAACAGGCGUGACACCCUCGUCUGCUUCUGGAAGUGGCGACAAAAUCUAUGCCUACCAGAUGGUCCGCACUGACUCCCGGGAGCAGAAGCUCGAUGCCUUUCUGCAGCCUGCGAGCACAGUCGGUCAGCCCCAGGCCGUUGUCCCGGAGGACAGCACAGGCACCUCCAGGGCCGGGCAGCAAGAUGAGGAAAUGCCGGAACUCCCAGCUCCCGACGGGGCUGCCAAGGGUCGGAGUUCAGAGGAGAUCGCGACAAAGGGGACUUUGGAAACGUCAGAGAAGAGAGGGUCCCCCUCCAGCCUGGACAACCCAAGAAAGAGACAUCGGGAAGGGUCUGAUGUGGAAAUGGUGGAAGAUGAGUCCCGGAAGGAAAUGACGGCAGCUUGCACCCCCCGGAGAAGGAUCAUUAACCUCACCAGUGUUCUGAGUCUCCGGGAAGAAAUUAACGAGCGGGGACAUGAGACACUGCAGGAGAUGCUGCACAACCACUCCUUUGUGGGCUGUGUGAAUCCACAGUGGGCCUUGGCACAGCACCAGACCAAGUUAUACCUUCUCAACACCACCAAACUGAGUGAAGAACUGUUCUACCAGAUACUCAUAUAUGAUUUUGCCAAUUUUGGUGUCCUGAGGUUAUCGGAGCCAGCCCCGCUCUUUGACCUCGCCAUGCUCGCGUUAGACAGUCCCGAGAGUGGCUGGACAGAGGAAGACGGUCCCAAAGAAGGACUUGCCGAAUACAUUGUUGAGUUCCUGAAAAGGAAGACCGAGAUGCUAGCAGACUACUUCUCUUUGGAAAUUGACGAGGAAGGGAACCUGAUUGGAUUACCCCUUCUGAUCGAUAACUAUGUGCCCCCGUUAGAGGGUCUGCCGAUCUUCAUUCUUCGACUAGCCACUGAGGUGAACUGGGACGAGGAAAAGGAAUGUUUUGAAAGCCUCAGUAAAGAAUGUGCUAUGUUUUACUCCAUCCGGAAGCAGUAUAUAUCCGAGGAGUCGACCCUCUCAGGCCAGCAGAUUGAAGCACCUGGCUCCACUCCAAACCCCUGGAAGUGGACUGUGGAACACGUUAUCUAUAAAGCCUUCCGCUCACACCUCCUGCCUCCCAAGCAUUUCACAGAAGAUGGGAAUGUCCUGCAGCUCGCUAACCUGCCUGAUCUGUACAAAGUCUUUGAGAGGUGUUAAAUACGGUCACUUACGGACACGGGGUGUGCUGUUCUUCCUCUGUACCCUGAUGCGGUAGGUCCUAAGGUUGAAGACUCACAUUUGCCUUCUAGAUAGUAGCACUCCUUAUGCUUGGUGACUCGACUAUAAAUAAAUUGUCAGAUGUGUCCUAA